AUGGUUAUGAUCAUUAGAUAUGCAUCAGAAAGAAAUCAUGCAUAGAGAUUUAAAAUUAGAAAAUAUUUUAUUUAAAUAAUUAAAUUAUUUAAUUUAUCAAAAUAAUAACACAAUUAUUCAGUUGUAGUGGCAUAUUUUGGUUUAGCUAAAUUUAUACAUUUAUUUUUAUAACUUGGAUUCAGAGAUAUUGUAGCAAAUUAGGUUUUAUUAUUAUAUUUUUACCUAUGAUUGAAUCAAUUUAUUUGAACAACUGUAAACGAACCUGUUUAUUAAUAAUGCAGAUGUGGAACACCAGCAUUGUUGCCUGA